CAGCUGCCGGUUUCAGUACGAAAGAGACAUUGUCUUCGUUUUCUAGGGUUAGGGUUGGGGUUUGGAAGAAGCUCGAUCACGAUCUUCAGCAAUGGCGGAAGAGACGAGCAGGACGGCCUUCGUUGAGCUCCAGGGCCGUAUAAUUGAGACUACCGCAAAGCUUAAGCAGGUGCAAAAUCAGAUGCGCGGUAAGGAAGGAGAAAAGAAACGUGCAUAUUUAACUUUGGAGGAACUACGACAACUUCCCGAUGAUACAAAGACAUAUAAAUCUAUUGGCAAAAUGUUUGUUUUGGAACCUAAAUCCCUUUUGAUGAAUGAACAAGAAGAAAAGUUCAAGGACAGUGAGAGUGCUAUAACCUCAUUGCAGACUUCAAAGGAGUACUUUGAGAAGCAGAUGGCAGAGGUAGAGAAUAAUUUAAGAGAAUUGUUGCAACAAGAUCCUGGUCUUGCUCGCCAGAUUAUGUCAAUGUCUGUGGGCUAGCAUCACUCUUCACGCCUCUGGAGAUUUCGCUUGUCUUGAUGCAUUUGGAGCUAAAGCUUAAGUGUGGAUGAUAUCACCUUUAAAUAUAGCAUUGCUAUGCUUUAAGCUUUAAAGCUUUUUGUAAAGCUUGGCAUAUGCUUAAAAAAAACUCACAUUAGUUGUACUUAAGCCCUUUGUUUUUAUGAUGAUAUGUUUAUGGUACAGAAUUGUGUGUUUGUUUGUGCUGGUCUUUUUCUUCUUGUCUCAUGGAUCUGUUGAAACUUCAAUAGAAUAUUCCUGCCUUCAGUCUAUUGUUUAAA